AAGCCCCGGCGGGCUCGGGCUCCCUGAGGCGGAGUGCCCCGGGCUCGUUCUGGCCGAGGAGGAACGCCGAGCGACGCUCUCCUGCUCCCACCCUCUGGGCUUUCAUUCAGUUUUCCACCGAGCUCAGCAGAAUUUUUGAAGAGCGGGGAAAGUUUCGAGCUCGCGUGCCUACAGCGUCCUGCACGAUGCAGCGGGCACUUGGAAAGCGAGACACUUAUGCCCAGCAGUUUCAUGCUGCAAUUUUCUGAUAGUGCCGAGAGAGGGAUGCAGGCACUAUUCCGCACCUCUUCCAUCGCCUCCUCGUUAUUAUCAUAGCUUGUUUAUUUUACCCACUUUUCUUCUUUCGUGGAACCAGCCCUGAAACCCCUUCCUCAGGAAAGCCUCCUUGGUUGAUCCUUGACUUGGGAUGAUUUUUUCCCGGGAUAAUGUCUGCACAGUGUGGAUCCCUGAUGGUUCAGCAUUACAAUGAGCGUGCUGUCGCGGUACAAAAUUCAGUACUGUACUGACGGCACUGGAAACUUGGCUCUCUGCAGCAGGACACCCUCCACCCUCGUUGACAGCUGCGUCCCAGAGCAGAAGGGAUGUGCACUGAGGAUGGACAUUAAUAUAACUGGAGUUUCCACAAUGGAGAAGAGGGAAAGUGGUAAUCGUGCCAUUGAUCAGAAUGCAGGUCAGAACAUCAUGCCAAGAAGAAAUACAGGAAAUCUUAACUACUUGAAUGUGGAUAUGCAGGUUGCCAAUGUAUCAGAAGCAGCUGCACUUUUUGAUUUACAUCAAGCACACCAUUUUGGUGAGUUUGAACAUUCUUCAGAACAGCACUGCAAGCAGGAUCUGUUCCCUAAGUGGCACUUGCCAAUGAAGAUAGCAUCUGUGAUCUCAUUAUUAACGUUUAUUUACACUUCCAUGAGAGAUGUCAUAUAUCCUUUUAUAACCAAAAAGGAAAAUGUUUUCUAUAAAAUUCCAAUCCUUGUCAUAAACAAAGUUUUACCAGUGACUUCAAUUACCCUUUUAGCACUAGUGUAUUUACCAGGAAUAUUAGCUGCUAGUUUCCAGCUGUACUUUGGCACCAAGUAUAAAAGGUUUCCCCAGUGGCUGGAUAGAUGGAUGUUAUCAAGGAAACAAUUUGGACUUCUCAGUUUCUUCUUCGCUACAUUGCACGCCUGCUAUAGCCUGUGCUAUCCAAUGAGAAGAUCAUACAGAUACAAGCUGCUGAACUGGGCAUUCCAGCAGGUCAAACAAAAAAAAGAAAAUGCCUGGAUUGAACAUGAUGUUUGGAGAAUGGAGAUUUAUGUGUCUCUGGGAAUCCUGGGACUUGCUUUGCUGGCCCUGUUGGCAAUAACAUCAAUUCCAUCUGUCAGUCACUCUUUGACCUGGAGAGAGUUCCACUACAUUCAGAGCAAGAUGGGAUAUUUAGCCCUGCUGCUAUGCACUGUUCAUGCACUGGUGUUUGCUUGGAAUAAGUGGGUUGAUGCCAACCAAUUCAUCUGGUAUACGCCACCUUCAUUUAUGAUUGCAGUUUUUCUUCCUAUUGUAGUUCUGCUUUGUAAAUGCAUACUGCUCCUCCCAUGUUUCAGGAAGAGGAUAAGAAAAAUCAGAAGUGGUUGGGAAGCUAAGACACAAGCCAAUCAAACCAGUAUAACUUCCAGACUGUAGAUCAAAUAUGGACAUUUCUUGUCUAUGUAUCUAAAUAUGCUCAAAGCCAUGACAUUUUCACUCAUGAGCUCUGUUUUCACAUUUGCUAUAGAUGUUUCUUUCUCACUUUUAUUUUUGACUUCAGGAGCAUGAGAUACUUGAUGCAAUUUUGUCAUUUUCAAAGACAGAAAAUGAAAACAUCUAUUUUACACUUUAGUCUGUUCAGUGUUUUGUUAUUUGAUGAUUUCAUUCUUUUGACUCACUGCUUUUAAAAUCCAAGUGUUUCAUUGUCUCAAUCACAGUUCUUUUGUAUGCAAAAGCAAACAUAAAUCAUUUCUGCAGAUGACCACAGAAAGUAAAAAAAUUAUUACACCACAGAGCCCAGGAAUGCUUUCUGCUUUGCACAGCCUCGUGUGUACCUUCAUUAAAUCUCAGAAUUAUAAUGGGACAAAACCCAGAGUAUUUACCAUCCCACAGGGAUCUUUACAAGGUAAAUAUCUCCUGAGGCUUGGGCACAGUCUAAAAAAAGAGGUUUUAGACUCAGAUUUCCAUCUUAUCCAGGACGAGGUGUGUCUCUGUUUACUUGAAACGAUAAAAUAUUUCCCAUUUUUUAUUCCAUGAACACAUUCUUUUGUUUCUGAUGCUGGAAAUUUUCCAUGCUUUUGACCUAAGCCUGCAGCCCUUGACACGUGCUAAACUUUAUUUGCACAAAUUAUUCCAGUGGGAUAACUCCAUCAGGUAAAUGUGUUUUUUUGUUUACUCUAGGGCCAGCACAAUUGUGUGACUGGAAGAAAAACAUUAAAAAUAGACAUUUGAAUCUUGCCAAUGAUUUGUUGAGAUUUUCAUGUUAAAUGGCUUCCAAAUGCAUUUGCUUUUACAGAAAUUUUCCUAAUAACUUUAAUAAGCUCAUUAAAUCCUACUUUCCUUACAUUGCAUAGGUCCGGCUGAAAGUUUUAAAUUAAUAAUUCAGCAGUUAGUAUCUGUUUUGAAAUAUGUUAUUCAGUAGUAAAUAUUUUCACCCAACAUCAGGAACAUUUCUGCCAGUCUGCCUGCAGGAAUUGACUAGGACAUGGACUGUUGAUGCCACCUAUUCCUCUGAAUGAGAACUGUAAUUGGUAAUGGCUCUGGUAUUAAAACAAACAGGAAAACAACAUAUAGCUAAAAAAAUGUAAUAUACGGUGCUAAUGAAUCUGUUGUCUCUUUCUGGACUUUUACAUGGAGCAUAAAUAACAAACAAAUUAAAUAGCUGCAGGGAUAUUACAUUUUGUAUUUUCCAGGUUGUUACCAUUCAAUUACUGCAACUUAAAAGUUGGCCUUUUUUAAAUUUGCACGUAAUGUAAUACUGUGAAAGUAACUGGGGACAUGGUGACUUAUGUAAUAUAGAUUGAAAUCUGUGGCAUUAUGUAUCAAACCAGUAACGCAUGGCAGAGGCCAAAACCCUACAAUAUGGGAAGCUGGACUGCAAUGUUAAUCUAAGAAGUUUCUAACAAGAGUGGAAAAGUAUGGAGCUCAAAGCAUUUGUAUUUAUAUUUCCAUGAAUUAAAUAAAUCUUUAAUAAGCUCAAUGCACUUGUUACAGAAGGUAGUCCAAGAUAGCAUAACUUCAUUCAUUUCAACCACUUAAUAUGGUUUGAAUUGGUAACAUAAAUUACAGGGGCAAACCAAUUUCAAGAUCAUCACAUACUAUCCAAACUGACCUUUUACGCUCAUCAUUCAGCUGGGGACAUUAAGCACACUUCAGACUCUUCUCUCUAGCAUUGCCCAGAGGCAAACUCAUAAGUGUCUUCUACAACAUGAAAUUUACAUACAGUCUACAGAAGCUAUUCCAAAAAUCACACAUGACAUCCGAACAUUCAAGCAUGUUUUUCCCUACUGAUUGUUUCAAGAAGGAGCCAGGUUUCCUGUGUCAUAUCUAGCCAUUUCUCUAGAAACUAUCAUUUAAUGCUUAUAGCCAGAACCUGAGACUUCAUAGUCUCUUCUCUGCUUUCUAAGUCUUUAGUAAACUACAUCUUAGUAACUCACUUCCCAGUCUGCAGGCUGCUCAGGGAAGUGGUUAACUCACUAUCCUUGGAGGUAUUCAAAAGACAUGUUGAUGCGGUGCUUAGGGACAUGUUCUCGUGGUAGGCUUGGCAGUGUUAGAUUUAUGGUUAGACUCAACGUAAAUUAUUCUAUGAUUUGUUUUUUAAGUAUUCAGAUACAACAGUGAGGGAGAUCUAUAUAGGGCUAAGAAGCAAAUGCUAUUGACAGUAUUUAAUUUCUCCGUUUGUGGCAGACAUGAUUUAGUUCAAUACUGAUGAAUCUAAGUUCAUAUGCUUUUAAUUUAUGUUUAUGUUCCUAUUUCCAAUUCAGUGUAGUAAUAGGCCUAUAUACUAUUAUAAUACAUUAAUUGAAUGUGUGUGCAAAUUUUAGGCCCUUACUUGUAUAACACUAAAUAGUUUUAUAAAACUGUGCAUCAUUAAAUGCUUCAGUGUAUGCUGUAUCUGCCAUUGUGUCAUAUACAUCCAGGGUAAAAGGGUAAAAAGGUACAGUACACUCUUGAAGAGCUGCUGAUAGAAACUGUCAAGGGGAACCAUUUUCUCCAUGCUAGUGAAGAGCCUGGAGCCUCCAAAGGAAAGAAAACAAAGAUGUGAAAAUCAAAUGAACACUUUCAUGGUGUAAUGAAAUUGCAUUUUUCCUAACAGAACCUUUAACUGUUUAUUCUAGCAUUCAGAGACUUUUGAGAUGGAAGAGAAAGCUUUGCAGGGAGACCCAAGAUCCCUGGAAAUACUGAUCAAAGACCAAGAAAAGUUCAAGAAUAGCAAGGGCAUUGAGGAAAGGCAUACUUUAGUGUAAGAAUGUGUGAAGUAUGGGCAUACUUUAGUGUAAGAAUCCAUCAUUCUAGUGGCAGUGUCUUUAAAAUGCCUCUAUAAGGCCUGCAAAGUACUUUUUUCUGUUGUGUUGAGAGACACAGAAUUGAAACUCCAAUGUAUUUGAGAGACACAGAAUUGAAACUCUGGAGAUAUAAAUUGUUAAAGGGGCCUAAGGAAUUUUAUGCCAAAUUCAUUUGGAGAGGUCAUAUCCAGAAUACUCCUUCCAAUAAGUGAUAGCAAUAAUCAUUGUUCAGGAGGCUAGAGCCAGGGCUGUGUUGACUAUUGUGUAAUGCAAAUUCCUGUUGACAGCAGCAUUUACUGUAAGCAGCCCCUCCCUUUGGCCACUCUUCUCUGUUCUCUCAGUGCUGCAAGUCUUUAAAGAUGUGAAGUUCAUCAGAGUAGGGCAUUGGAUCCAGCUGAAAAGUAAUGCAGAAAGAAGAAUGAAUCCGCCAGAUCUACUCAUGGGUCUGAUUCACCUGACAGCCAGCAUCCUACAUAUGUUAGUAGGAAGGACUCAAAGAGGAAUGGUGUAAACAGGCAGCUUAACUUAAACCAUCCUUAAAUGAAAAGUUCCAGGUGCUCCUAAAAGUUAAAACUUACAUUAUUUCAUCCUAUUUCAGUAGCAAGAAUAUUCCCUUGCUUCACUUUUUUGUCAUGUCCUUAGUUUUCCAUGAAUCAGUGGGCAAAAAUGUGCUCUAGAAAUUGUCAUCAAAACCCAUAUAAAACUGACUGACAUCUACGUGACUGUGGGCUGUGUGGUUUCGUUUGUAGAGAUGAUGAUCUUACAUUUCCUCUUUUCUCCUACAUCCAGAGUUUCUAGUACUGUCCCUUAACAACACAAAAUAUUAUGUUAACCAUUUAUGAAAUUCAAACUAAUUUCUUUUAAACUGAUUUUCUUUAAAUCGCAUUAAAGGAAUAAUUCAAAAAAAUAAAGCAAAACAAAAAGACCAAUUUUUGAAAACACACUGAAACCACCCCUAAAGAAUGUCAUCCACUGUUGUUGCUGUAAGUGUCUGGCAAUGGCUGAUCAUUGCCACUGAUUUUUUUCCGUCAUGCCAGGAUUUCUUGAUCCCAUGAGCAUAUUCUGUUGCUGAUGGCAAAAUUGCUUCUUAUUAUUUCUUUUAUUAAAACAAGUCUCAUUGAAUUCAGUUAUCUCAGAGUUCAAUUUUUGCAUCAUUCUUUGAACUUUUGUGCAGAUUAAAUUUAACACUUGAAUGGAUGAA